GAUGUGCGAGUGGGAAUUUUUUCAAUGGUUCAAAAGAUAUAAAAAUUAGUGAUAUGAAUAUUUUUAAUGUCUCCUGUUGAACAAUUUCAGACAUAUUUAUACUGACAAUAAAUAAUUAUAACCGAAUACAUGCGAUUUGAAUGUCAAAUCAUGCGACUGGUAAGCCAUCAUAACGGUCACCGGUCGUUCGGCGACAUCCGCAGGUAGCGUGCUGCGCUGCGGGUGUUGAAUGAUAAUGAAGAGAACUGCAGCCCUUAUUAUUAAUAUUCGCACACAUUCACAUGCAAACUUAGCGCAGUUCCUCUCUAGUAAUGAAACGUUCAGUGUCGCCGAGGCGCGCGUCGCACGACGGCUACGGCCUAAAUUAAGCUUCAUCCUUUUACAGUAACACGACCAGUAAGAGGAGUAGUGUAUGAUACGCACAGUUUAGUUGUGGACACUGGCUAGGGUGUGCGUACUGUGUGGCACAUGUUCCCGAUGUGGUGAUUCACUAGCGACGUCGAAAAAAAAAACAGGACGGCGGGAAGGCAAGCGAGGAGCGAGGCAGCGAAAGUCAUUGAUCCCGCCACGCUCCCCGAGGGCCGACGCCAUGGCUGAGCUCGCGGAGGCAGAGGCAGAGUGGGGCGCAUCGCCGGAGCAACUGGUGCGGCCGCUCGCGCUCGCAGUGUGCGCCGCGCCCGUCGCCGGCGCCGCCGCUCUAACACAUUGCGCGCUCCUCGCCUCCCUGCUCAAGCGAUCAACCAAUGGUCUAUUUUACAUACUUAUACAAUUAGCCAUUGCCGAUUUAUUACUGCUGGGAACAACCAUUGCACCAGAGCUAUGGUCUUACAACGCAAGAACGUGGCAAUUUGGAAGAAGUGCGUGCAUUGCCUACCGCGGCCUUAAUGUAUUUGCAACAACGGCAUCUUUAUAUUUAAUAACUACAAUAGCACUUCAUUCUUUGGCAACAGCAAGUUUGGAAGAAAAACAAGCACGUCAAAGCUCCAGCAAGAGAGAUGAUCUUGAUGACGACGAUGAAAUUAGAUCUUCGCGACACAGUCUGGUGACCAGCGAUACGUCAACACCACCUCGUACGAUGAACGUUGAUUAUCGUUUAACUAAUAGCAAAAUACGGAUUGCUCCUCCUGUAGUUUUCGUGUGGGUUUUAUCUGCAUCGCUAAGCGUGCCGGAUUUUGUUUUAGCGACUACUGUCCAUUUAGAUCAUAAUGUAGUGUUAUGCACGCUUGUGGACACGAGUCAUAGGAUAAAUAUGCACUCAUUAUUAGCCAUUUUCAACUUGUUCCUACCCAUUGUUAUUAUGAGCACUGCCGCAAUUUUAAUUAUGAUAAAACUGAAAACCAAGAAAGGUCAUUCACAGUUCGAUGAAACCUUUCCAGCAUUAAAGUUAUCAUUGUGUUUAAUUUGUACUUAUGUUGUGCUUUGUGCACCACGUUCCAUCGUUGCGGUCUACAGUAUGUACUCGACAUCGACAGUUGAGAACGAAUACGCAGUGGAACAACCCGGUUACGUUGUAGCGUUGGUGAACUUAGUAUGUGUUUGCUUAUAUCUGGUGGCUAACGUAGUACGACCUCUUCUUUGUAUAAUUCUUCUACCGAUAUUAAGAAAAGUGUUCUUUUUCGGUUUGAAAAACUCCAAUGUUGAUGUUUGAAAAGGUUAAUAGAAUAAGACUGUGAUACCAUAAUAGUAUUUCUAAUGCAUUUGUCAAUUUUACGUGUAAGAAUAAAGUUUUAUUUUUCUAAGA